AACCCUAGCCUCUCAUCUCCAAAUCUCGAAACCCUAGCUACAAUGGCAGAAUCAACACUGAGCUUGAAGCUCUUGAUCAACAGCCAAAGCAAGAGAGUCCUCUUCGCCGAGGCCGGAAAAGACUUCGUCGAUUUCCUCUUCUACAUUCUCUCUCUACCUGUCGGCACGGUCAUCAAUCUCCUCAAGAAGCAGGAAAACAUCGGCUCGUUAGCAAACCUGUACGAGAGCAUCGAAAACCUAAACGAGACGUACAUACAGCCAAACAAGACAAAGGAGGCUAUUCUGAAACCUGUUGCUACGGUCCCCGGUUCCAAUAUCCCUCUGCUUGCGCUAAACGACUCAUCCUCCAAGAGAAAAUUCUACAGGUGCAGCAAUUGUUUCGGCUAUGUUUCGGACGACGCAAACGCAUCUUGUCCGAGUUGCAGUCGGAAAAUGACGACAGCUUUGUCCUACGUGGCACCUCCACAGAGGGCUUCUGGUGAAGUUGGAUUUGUGAAGGGGGUUGUUACUUACAUGGUGAUGGAUGAUUUGGCGGUUAUACCGUUAUCUACUAUCUCGAGCAUUACUUUGCUGCAUAAGUUUCAUGUUAAGGAAUUGAGUUCUUUGGAGGAAAAAGUCGUAAACUUUGGCAUGGAUGAGGCUGUGAAGUUGUUGAAUGCUUCUAUGCAGACGAAGAAGGUUCUCACUGAAGUGUUUCUUAACUGUGCAACUCCAAGGGAACAUAUGUAGAGAUCAUG